AUGUCUUCUUCGAAUAGUGAUUGUGAGAUAGUGCAAAAGGGUAUCCAGGCUAAUUUUGAGGCCAAUUUUGGUCGUAUGUCGGUUGAUGUGUUGAAAUUUUUGUGUCACGAGUUGGGGGUUUCUGAAACCGGUUCAAAACAGGAUUUGGUUAACCGUUUGGUGAGUGAGAGUAGGAGAAGGGAAGUUGCAGGGGAGACCUCUGCUGAAAGGGGUAAGGUGCCGUCUAGCGGUGAGGAUGUAACGCCAACCUUGUUUGGAAGUGCUGGUAUGUUGUUGGCUGAUCAGGCAUCUGGUUCGGCUAGUAGUCCGGCUGAGGUGUGGUCAGAAGAGAAGAGGUUUGGUUCGAAUGUCUUGGGUAAUCAUCAGUCGCAGCAAGUCUCUGGGUUCCCGAAUAAAAAUAAGAGACCUAGAGUAUCGCAGGAUCAAAGUUUGGGAAGGAGUGAAUCUCAAGAUAAGCAGCCUCAACCUUUGGUGCAACUGUUGUGGCAACAACCUUUUGUCCAAACAAUGGGUAUGGCUCCUGUUGGUUUUGGGUCAGCACCUCAAGAUAGUUUCUCUCGUAAUGGAGUGCGUAGUCCUCAACUUCAGUUGAGCCACGGGAAGUUCUAG